AAAUGAAAAUAGCGCGAAAUAUUUUUGUUACAGGUUUUUGUUUUAAUAAAUUGUAAGAAACUGGCUGUGGAUCAAAUAUCUUGGCAAACAAAUACUUAAAACGACAAAUUCUAUAAGCAAGUAUACACAAGCGCUACGGGAACACUAAAAUUUAUUGGAGCUCUGUGAUGUAACAUUGAUUUGUUGUGGAAAGCAUGUUAAAAACACAAAUACUGCGCUGCAUAUGCAGCAAACGCAACAGUCUGCGCCUAGUCCGUGGUUUCCAUCACGAGUUUAGCAAACCAGAGCAAACUACAUCGACGGAUGGAAAUAAAACCGAACAGAAAGAAGCUAAGCCAACUUUUGCCAGCGGCGUACAAAAUAAAUAUAAAAUAUUUCGCGAUGAGGAGGCUUUAGAAAUCUUUGAUGUGGAGGAGGCGCGCUAUCAACAGCAAGAGUUGCCUGCGGCAGCUGAACAGGAUCAGUAUGAGGGACUCAAUCUAAAGCGCGGCGUGCGUGGUGUCUUUGACAUAGAGGAUCUAGUUCAGCUGCUGCGCAAGGAAAAUGUUGAUGAUAUAUUUGUCUGCUAUGUGCCAGAAGAGCUAAAGUAUGUGGAUCAUCUGGCAGUCUGCAGCGCCAGAAGCUAUCGGCAUAUGCUCUCCACGGCGGAGUUUGUGCGCCGCAUAUUUAAAAUCAAACGCAGCAAAGGUGAUCUGCUGCCACGCAUCGAAGGCGAAAAGAGCAGAGAUUGGAUGGCCAUGGAUUUGGGUAACAUAGCUUUACAUAUAUUCUCGCCACAAGCACGUGAGCAUUACGAUUUGGAAUCGCUUUGGGCCAUAGGCUCGCAAUACGAUACGGAAAGUCAAAAACCGCAGAAUCCCUAUGGUGAUAUAUUUACAGCCAAACAACCAUCGACGUAACUAUAAUUGUUAAAUUAAAGG